AUGCCAAUGCUGCCAUCCAACGACCCACCGAGCCCGGCGGCGUCCUCCACGUCGGCCGGCAUAAUCGUGGGAGAGCAGAUUUCCUCUUUACCGUCGUCACCGCCAGACACUGCCUCUGGCCUGGCCCAGGAUUUGAUACACGACCAUGAGGCCAGCUCGAGAAGCAUAGCCAUCAUAGGAAUGGGCUGCCGGGUCCCCGGCGGGAUCAACUCGCCUGCGGCGCUGUGGGACUACCUGAUGGCCAAGGGCGACGCCUCAGGCGAGAUCCCGCCCGCGAGGUGGCAGCCGUACAGGGAAAGGAGCGCGCGAUGCGCGGAGAUCCUGGAGAACACCACGGCCAGGGGCUACUUCCUGGACCGGCUGGAGGACUUUGACGCCUCCUUCUUCGGCGUGGCCCCGCGGGAGGCCGAGCAGAUGGACCCGCAGCAGCGCAUCGCGCUCGAGGUGGCCUGGGAGGCGCUCGAGGACGCGGGGAUCGCGCCGCAGCAGCUGUCGGGCACCGACGCCGCCGUCUACAUGGGGGUCAACUCGGACGACUACGGCAAGCUUGUGCUCGAGGACCUGGAGGGCAUUGGCGCCCACAUGGGGGUCGGGACGGCCUACUGCGGCGUCCCCAGCCGCAUCUCGUACCUCCUGAACCUCAUGGGGCCCAGCGUCGCCGUCGACGCCGCCUGCGCCUCCUCGCUGGUGGCCGUCCACCAGGCACGCCAGGCGUUGCUUGCGGGCGAGACGGAACUGGCCCUCGCCGGUGGGGUCAACGCUCUGGUUGGGCCCGGCCUGACGCGAGUCUUGGACGAAGCUGGGGCUCUCUCCGCCGACGGCAAAUGCCGCUCCUUUGACGACUCUGCGUCUGGGUACGGACGUGGUGAGGGAGCCGGAGUCGUUGUGCUCAAGCGGCUCGACCGGGCAUUGGCCGACGGAGACCGCAUCCACGGCGUGCUGAAAGGGAGUGCCGUGUGCGCCGAUGGCAAGACGGUGGGCAUCAUGGCCCCGAAUGGGGUCGCGCAGCGGCUCGUUGCACGAAAGGCACUCAACGAGGCCAAGACGCCGCCGCAGACCAUCUCCUACAUCGAGGCUCAUGCGACGUCCACGCCCCUGGGCGAUCCCACCGAGACCGAGGCUCUCUCCCAGGUCUACGGGCGAGGCGUGCGGCAGACGGGCUCAGAGCCGUGUCCCGUGGGCUCUCUCAAGCCCAACAUCGGUCACCUGGAGGCUGGGGCCGGCGUCAUGGGCCUGAUCAAGGCUGUCAUGGUACUGCAGCACGGCGUGGUUCCUGGCCAGGUCAACCUGGAGAAGCCGAGCACCAAGAUUGACUGGCUUGAGAGCGGGCUGAAGGUCAGCAGCGAGGUCAUAAAGUUGGCCUGCGGGUCCUCGACUCCGGCGAGGGCUGCCAUUGCAUCGUAUGGCUACAGCGGCACGGUCUCCCAUGCCAUCAUCGAGGCCAGUCCGGCAUGCGUGCCGGGCUCACAACCGCUGGCCACUGAUCCAAUGGCAGAUGAGUCGCCUGUUCUGCUCUUGCUGUCGGCACCCGAGCAACAUCGCUUGCCUCAAGUCGCCGCCUCCCUUGCACGAUGGUUGGAAUCUGGACCCGGAACAGCCGCGCCGCUGCAACAUGUCGCCACAACAUUGGCCAGUCGUCGCGGCCAUCACAAGUUCCGGGCCUCGGUAGCCGCAGGGGACAAGAGAGACGCCAUCCAUGCCCUGGACAGGCUCGCCAAAGGCGCGGCUGAGGACGACCCCUUCAUCACAAACGGGCGAGUCACCCCCGGUGGUACGGGUCAAAGUCAAGUGUGGAUAUUCUCGGGCCACGGCGCGCAGUGGCCGGCCAUGGGAAGAGAGCUGUACGAGACUCAGCCUCGGUUCGCGAGGGUGAUCCGUGAGCUGGAGCCCAUAGCUCAAAAGGAACUGGGCUUCUCCGUCACCGCAGCCCUCCUUUCGGGGAGGACCGACCACACGACAGAUGUGGUCCAGACCAUGACUUUUGCCAUGCAUAUGGGCAUUGCCGCUAUUCUGCUCGACGAGGCAGGCCCACCGUCGGCCAUUGUUGGGCACUCUCUCGGUGAGACAGCCGCAUCGGUUGUCGCCGGCGCGAUCACAUUCCGUGAAGGCUCGUUCAUCGUAUGCAAGAGGGCGCGCCUGUACCGUGAUAUCAUGGGCCGUGGUGCCAUGGCUCUGGUGGCCGUGGGCGCCGAGGAGAUGAGGUCGAGGCUCGGUACGAAGGGGCCCGGACAUGUCGAAGUUGCCAUCGACGCGUCACCAGGCUCCUGCGUGGUGGCCGGCCCCAGCGAGUCUGUGACGGAGCUGUCGAAAGAGCUUGCAAUGAUGGGCGUUCAGGUCCGUGCCGUCCGUUCUGAAGUGCCGUUCCAUUCCAGCAUGCUCCUGGAGCUCGCCGACCCGCUGCGGCGCUGCCUGGACGGUCUCAUCUCUCCCCAGCCGGCAAAGAUCCGCCUCUAUUCGACAUCGGACCCAGACGCGCGCUCAGCCAAUGCCCGAGGCGUCGAGUACUGGAUCAGCAACAUGGUCCGGCCUGUGCUCCUGCGCCAGGCAGUCGAGGACAUUGCUGAGGACGGUCACAGGGAAUUCGUCGAGGUUUCCAGCCAUCCCAUCAUAUCACACUCGGUCCAUGAGACGCUGCACGAGGCGGGCUUCACCGACAGCGUCGUGCUGCCCACCAUGGUGCGGGACAAGCCUGCGAUGAAGCACAUCCUCGCCAGCAUUGGGAGGCUUCACUGCCUUGGCCUUCCUCUGAGAUGCGUCGAGCCGAACGCUCGCCCGUGGCUCCCAGAGACACCGCGGACCAUCUGGUCCCACCGUCCGCACUGGCGAACCGUGACCAAGGCUCCCGCCGGUCCAGCGUCAGCCCAUAUCCCCAGCCAUAAUCACCUUCUGGGGGCGCGUACGACACUGUGGGGCACCGAAAGCGUUGUGUUCCAGACGCAGCUGGACAGGUCGAGCAGGCCAUACCCUGGGAGCCAUCCGCUCCAUGGCUCGGAAGUCGUCCCGGCAGCUGUCCUGAUCAACACCUUCUCUGCCGACUAUCUCGCUUCUGUGGGUGUUCCGGAGAUGGGAUUUCCCUGGAAGGUCACAGAGCACAUGGCAAGCGACGACGAGAUGCUAGCCAGAGUGGAGGUGAACCCAGAGAAUUCUGCCGGUGUCAAAGAUCCUCUGGCAUCUGCCAUGGACGCCGCAACAUCUAUCGCGUCAACACUGUUCUAUCAAGAGCCCCUGUUGCGAAUGCCCACCACCAUCGCCCGCGUUAUCGCCCGCGGCAAUACAGCCGAAUUAUCAGAGGCCUACAUUUACUGUCGAAUCACGAGCAAGUCGUCCUGUGCUGCCGAUAUUCUCGUUUGCUCUCGGGGUGGCGAGGUCAUUGUUGAGCUCCGAGCCAUGGCCUUUGCUGGCAUCGAGAACAAUAACCUCUCCAGGAGGACAACUAACGGCCUGAUACACCAGGUCUCAUGGACCCCGGCAGUCUUAGCAGAAAUGCCGCUGCAGUUUCGUCAUGUAUUGUUCCUCCUGACGGAAACAACGUGGACAGACAUGAAGUCAUUUGAAGAUCAACUCCAAUCUAGGGGGUACACGACGUCCUGGACAACGAACCCGAAGGAUACCGCCGGGCUCGAUGGAGACCACAUAGUCAUACACAUCCCGCAAAUGGCGAGCUCAAAGCUGGAGGUAUUUGACGCUGCCGCCAGAUCUUGCGAGAGCCUGAUCGCGGCCGCACAGAUCAUAAGUGCCUCGCGCGCAAAAGCCAAGCUUGUUUCCUUAACCACCCAAGGGGAUGCAACAUCACUUGCAAGGCUUGUGUCUGGCUCUCUAUACGGGCUGGCUCGCAUCAUGAAGACUGAGCUACCGGAAAUAUGGGGCGGGCUAUUUGACAUUGACAACGGCACUUUCCCAUUGACGGCCAUCAAAUACGUCCGCGGCCAUGACGUUGUCCGUCAAGACGACGAUGUACCUAGGACGGCCCGGUUGCGGCCAUUCACAGAUGCUGCAACAGGGGAGAGCAGGGCGGAGGGGCAUGGCAUGAAAUUCCGACCCGGUGGGACAUACCUAAUCACCGGAGGGCUGGGUGCUCUCGGACUUGAAGUUGCCAGCUGGAUGGUCUCGCGCGGUGCACGGAGGCUACUGCUUGUGUCCCGCCGACAAUUACCUCCGCGCUCCGCCUGGCGCGACACCCACGGCAUCGACUGCGAAAUUCUGAAGAGGAUACUGGAGAUGGAGAUGUUGGGGGCCACAGUCCAUGUCAUCUCUGUGGACAUCAGCGCCCCCGAUGCGGAUACCUCGCUCUCUGAGGCCAUCGAGCGGCUUUCACUGCCGCCAGUGACCGGGAUCGUUCAUGGGGCUGGCAUUCUGAAGGACCAACUUGUCGAGGACAUCACCCAGGACGCGUUCGCCACCGUCCUCGCGCCCAAGAUCACAGGGGCGCUCCACCUGGACAAGCUCUUCCCUCCACGCACGCUCGACUUCUUCGUCCUGUUCUCCUCGUGCGGACAGCUCCUCGGCUUCCCAGGCCAAGCCUCGUACGCGAGCGCCAACUCGUUCCUGGACGCCCUUGCAGACCAUCGCAGGCGGCAGGGUGACAACUCGCAGGCCCUCCUGUGGACCAGCUGGCGCGGCCUGGGCAUGGCCGCCAGCACCGAGUGCGUCAGCGCGGAGCUCGAGGCCCGCGGCAUCUCGGACAUCACGAGGGACGAGGCUUUCAUGGCGUGGGACCGCGCCGCGUCGCUCGACACGAGCCAGGCUGUCGUUCUCAGGGCCCUGCCUCUCGACGACGACGACGAGGACCCGCCGCACCCGAUCCUCCAGGACAUCUCGCCCAGGCGGCCGGCACCCGCCACCAGAGGGGUUUCGGGUCAAAGCACAGCCGGUUCCGGCACCAUGUGUCCCUCGAGGCCGGCCUCGGGGCCUGCCCUGGAGCAGUAUAUCUCCGAGGCGCUCCGCUCCGCCGCCGCUGCCACGCUUGGCACGGGUGACGAGGAUAUCGACGCGUCCUCGGCGCUCUCUGAGUUAGGCAUGGACUCUGUCAUGACCGUUCAGUUUAGGACCAAGGUCCAAAGAAGCCUGAGGGUCCAAAUGGCACCAACGCUGCUGUGGAAGUGCCCAACCCUCGCCCAUCUGGUCAAGCAUUUCAUGAUGGAGCUCGAGGCGUGA